UUCGUUGCAAAGGUUUGUGUGUGAGAUUUGUGUGUGAGAGAGAUGGAGAACUGGAAGAACUUGAUGCAUGUAUUUGUGACGAUAUUUCUGUCGAAUUUUGCAUCGUUGCUAGUAAAUCCAACUAUUGCAGACGUUACCAUGGAAGCUGUGUGCCCCGGAAAAGAUGAAUGUUCACUCUCCAUUUAUCUCUCCGGCUUCCAACAGGCUAUUGCAGGAUUGGCGUCUGUGGUUAUGAUGCCAUUGAUUGGGAAUUUAUCCGACACAUACGGUCGAAAACUUUUGCUCACAAUCCCUUUAACCCUCGCAAUCAUCCCUUUUGUAAUAUUGGCUACGAAGAGGACAACGGAGUUCUUCUACGUGUACUAUGUCGUGAAGACUCUAACAUCAACAGUAACGGAUGGUGGCACCAUCUGCCUCGCGCUUAGUUACAUGGCUGAUAAUGUAUCCGAGGGGAAACGUGUGUCCGCAUUUGGGAUAUUCUCCGGUGUGGUCUCAGCAGCAAUGGUUUGUGGAACAUUAACUGCUCGAAUUCUCCCCACAGAUCGUAUAAAUCAGGUAGCGGCCGUUGUAGCCAUUGUGGCAGCAGUUUACAUGAGAAUCUUUCUCGAGGAUGAUCGAAGGAUGGCCCACCUCGCCAACGAUGGUGUUGAGCAGCCAAUGUUGAAGUCCACAACUGAAGAAGAAAGAAACGAGUCGUUGAAGACCACGGAUUUGAUGAAGUUGCCAAAGGACAUGUAUCGUUUGUUCAAGACCAGCAAUACUGUCUCAUUGGCCUCGUUCGUUGCCUUCUUUAACAGCCUUGCUGAGGCAGGGAUUUCUGCUUUCUUGAUGUAUUUCUUAAAGGCGCGGUUCCAUUUCCAGAAAAAUCAAUUUGCUGAUAUAUGGCUUAUCACAUACGCUGCAGCGACCUUCUCAACCAUGGUGUUAAUGCCCCUACUUGGUCCAAUUCUAGGAGAGGAGACACUUUUGUGCAUAGGACUUUUUGCAGGAUUCUUGAAUAUGCUGCUUGAUAGCAUAGCUUGGGCACCUUGGGUCCCUUAUGCUUCUGCCUUCUUAGGAAUCUUCCUCUUCCUAGCAAGUCCAAGUAUCAGAUGCAUUAUUUCAAGAAAAGUCGGUGCUCAUGACCAGGGGAUUGCUCAAGGAUGUCUUAUGGGGAUAGCUUCAUUAGCUAAUGUUGUCUCUCCAUUAAUCUUUAGCCCUCUCUCUGCUUUGUUCCUAUCCGAUGACGCCCCAUUCAAUUUCCCCGGUUUCAGUAUCUUGAGUGUUGGCCUCGCCUACCUUAUAGCUUUCUUUAUCAGUAUAGUCAUCAAGAUUCAACCGCAUUGCUCAACAAACAACGCAUGUAACCACUCAUGUUCCUUGGCCUAGUCAUUCAAAUCAAACAUACAUACACUCAAGCUUUGUUUUCCUUAAACAAUCUACUAAGGAAAUACGCCUUUGUUGUGUCCCUAUACUUUUGUUAUUUUGGUAAAUGUAAAUAGAAUACGAGUUACACUUACAUUCAUUACACUUGGUUUUAUCAUCAAGAAUCUCAAUGAUUGUCAAAUUCUAACAUUUCUUUGGUAAUUGGUAUAUAAUAUAAACUAGUAGUACUAUAAGAUUAAUGUCUUCACUACAUAAUUGUA